GUCAAAAUCUCAAAGUGACAGCCACUGCCGACGACGCACCAAACAAAAGUUUUGCUUCGGUGUUUGAUUUUUGGCUUUUUCGGCGAUUAUCCUGUGAAAAUUGAAUUAAAAGUUGGUGAAAACGGUUCAGUUCGUUGAAAACUACCCAACGAUUAUAGUUUUAGCCAAGUUAAGACGAAUAUUGCAAGGUGCAAAUCCCCGGAACCAUCAUGACCAAGAAGUUCAGCCUGAAGGGGGAGGCCAUCCAGCGGUUCCGUUUCCUGCUGGAGAAUGACUAUCCCUUCGAGAAGGCCGCCCUGAUGGCGCAGCAGAAAAAGGCCUGCACGAAUCUUAUCCUGGAAAUGGGACUGGCGAUGCUGCAGGAAACCGGAACAAAUCCGAAGAUUUACGAGGCAAUCAAGGCGAACAACUCGAGCUACGCGACUGAAUUCCGGAAGACGUUCUACGACCUUAUCGGGCGACACCGGGCGUUGGACGCUUGUCUUGAAUCUGCCCUGAGAAAGGCGGACACUUUGCUGGCGUUUUCUCCCAGCGGAAAUCCGUGCCGCCCGGAGACGGACCUGGAGGCCGGCAGGGUCGUCAAGGGUUUGCCCGAGGUGCGCAUGGCAAUCUCCAAGGCUAACCACCCGGUCGGAAUGAUCAACCAGAAGGAGUUCGAAACGCUCCGGGCGAAUCUGCUGAAGCGGAUCGAAAGCAUCAACGACCCCGCCGGGUGGCCACACUUCCUGCAGUGCACGUUCUUCGAAAAGCUCGGCUACGUGCUGCUCAUCUGCGCCGACGACAAAACGGUCAAGUGGCUCACCCAGAACCUGCCCAAGCUGGAACUUUGGCCAAACGCCACGCUCUGCAUCAUGCGCGAAAAAACGUUCAAACAGUCCAAAGCAUUCGGCGCCUCCUUCCCGGACAGCGUGCUCGACUCCAACAAGGUCAUCCUCGGCUAUCUCCAAAGCCAAAACACCGGCAUCGACACCACCAAGUGGAAGGUCCUGUCCCGACAGCUCCAAGACGACCGCACCACCGUCAAGCUGCUCCUCCUCAUGCCAGCCGAACCGGACCGCAAAACAAUCGUGGCCGCCAACUGCGAACUCAACUUCAAGUUCAGCAAGAUCAAAUUCACCACCCCGAACGUCAACUCCGCCAAAACCUGGGGCCGAGUCGCGUUCGCCGCCACCUUCCCCGACAGCAUCGGCGAAAAGUCCGAGGACAUCUUCAAGUACAUCGAGAGCCAAAACGAGGGCAUGGACACCACCGAAUGGACCGUCACCGAGCGCAGAAGGGCCGUCCUCGGCGGCAAGAAGGAAAUCCAGCUGGUGUUCGUCGUGGACUCGUGCUCGGCGGAAAUCAUCCGCCUUGCCAAGCACGAAAUCAACUACAAAUUCAGCAAGGUCAAGCUGGAGCAGCAAAGCUUGAAGAAGGCGGGCGAGCCGAACUACAACCUUGGCCGGCAGAACAACAGCAACGGUCAGGGACGGGGAACCGCGCUGGGAAAGCGACCGUUCCAGAGGGUUAAUUAGCUCGCGGUGAACGGAACCAGUUUAGUCUAAUUUAAAUCCCAUUUUGAAACACUGCACCACAUUGUGAGUAAGAUUAGGACUGGAGUGAAAUUGAAACGAUUGAUCAUUUAAUAAGCGCAUUAUGUAAGCAACCCGA